ACACAUACUCUAGUACGUGUUCAGUUGCUUAUUAUUCCCUUCAUAAAUGGGUUGUUUCCACUCCAAAGUUAGGGAAAUUCCCAUGGAAGAUCCGUUUGCUCUUGCGUCAGAGACAGCUUUUAGUGUAAGUGAUGUUGAAGCACUAUAUGAGCUGUUUAAGAACAUUAGCAGGUCAGUCACCGAUGAUGGGCUGAUAAGCAAGGAGGAAUUUCAACUGGCAAUUUUUAAUAAUAAGAAGAAGGAAAACCUCUUUACGAGUCGGAUCUUUGAUUUGUUUGAUGUCAAAAAGAAAGGAGCGAUUGACUUUGGUGAUUUCGUCAGAGCACUCAAUGUUUUUCACCCAUCUGCACCAAUGGAAGUCAAAAUAGACUUUUCGUUUAAGCUGUACGAUUUAGACACAGGAUUCAUAGAGCGUCAUGAGGUCAAGCAAAUGAUAAAUGCACUUCUAUGUGAAGCGGAAAUUAAGUUGUCAGAGGAAACGAUAGAAACAAUUAUUAACAAGACUUUCAUGGAUGCUGCUAAUCAAGAUGGGAAAAUAGACAAAUAUGAGUGGAAAAACUUCGUUUAUGAAAACCCUUCAUUGUUGAAAGUUAUGACGUUACCCUACUUGAGGGACGUGACAACUGCUUUUCCAAGUUUUGUGUUUCAUUCAAAGGUGGAGGAUGAAAUUGCAGAAUGA